AUAACACCUAUACUGCGUCAGUAUACUUUGGACGAUUUAAACGUAUUGUUCAUGCUUGAAAAAAAAACUCCCAGUGAAAAACUGAAUGCUUGCUCAAUCUGUAUUUCACAGUGGAGAUGUUCAAUGGCGAUAUAGACGAAAAUUUCAACAAACCCAAAGAAAACAAUUCCUGUCAAUCAGUAGAAGAAAAUUCCCAUAAUGACUUCAAGAAACUGUUUAAAGAUUUUGCAUCUGACACGAGCUCUCACGGGAUUGCAAAGGCAACUUUGUCAAGUGGCCAUUUGCGUCGAUUUGUUUGGUUUUUGAUCUGUGCAACUUGCUACAGUUUUACUAUCUAUAUGUCCUCAAUCUUGAUUAACACGUAUAUGGAUAAACCAACUAAAACUAAAGUGGAUAUUCUUUAUGAAAAGAAAAUCCAUUUUCCUGCAGUGACAGUUUGCAACCUCAACCCAUUUCGAAAAUCACGAAUCAUGAAUAUGUCAGCAUUGAAAGAGAUUGUUGCGCAUUUCGGCGACGACCGUUAUAAUAAAACGGUCAAUUCAAGUCUCAAGCACAUUAUCGAAAGACAGGUCAAAGCGUAUGAGAAAAUGUUUGCUGAUAAUAUAGAAAAAGGAAGGGAUAUCAGUGUUAAUAAAUAUAUGAUUCUUGAAGACUUAUUUGCCAUGGCUGCUUCGAAGCAUGACGAAGAAAAUCUCAAAAAAGUUGGUCAUCAAUUCCAUAAUUUCAUUAUGUCUUGUAGGUGGGGCAUAUUUGAUUGCAAUAGUGGUGCUUUUAAAGAAUAUUGGGUGCAAACAUGGAACUGGAGAUAUGGUAACUGUUUUACAUUCAAUUUUGGAAUUAACCAAACUGGCCACGAUAUGGGCAUACAAGAAACACGCAUACCUGGGCCGUCCAAUGGCCUUACUCUUGAGUUAAAUAUCGAACAGCAUGAGUACUUGGACGCAUUGAUUGACGAAGCUGGGGCAAUCAUCACAAUUCACAAUGCAAAACAAUUACCAUUUCCUUAUUAUGAGGGAAUCACUGUUCCUCCAGGAUUUUCUUCCUCACUGGCCAUCAGAAUGGAGACUAUGACUAGAGUGGAUCCAUUCAAGAAUGGCAGCUGCAAUUCAUCACCUUUCCUUGCUAAGAACAAUAUUUACAGAAAUUAUUUAAGUGGCUCGGUUAAAACGUAUUCCGUGAAGGCGUGUAUGCAAUCGUGCUUGGCAAACGCCCAACUUAAACGUUGUAAUUGCAGUGCAGCAAAGUAUGCUAUUCAUGUUAAAAAGAUUUGCAAACCAGAGGAAAUGCGUUGUAUCAAUGAAGUCAGCACUAUGUUCAAAUACAGUAGACUGGGAUGCUCCAAGAAAUGUCCCCAACCGUGCCUACAAAACAGUUUCCUUCACACAUUAAUGACGUCUACAUUGACAUCAAAAGCGAGGGAGAAAAGGAAAAGAAAAGAAAUUGGCAACAGCACAGAGACAGAGUUUGAUUUUGACAAGGACUUCGUACGGGUCAAAAUUUUUUACAACGAGUUAAAUCAUAAAGCAGUUGUCCAAUCCACAUAUUACGAUCUGGCGUCCCUCUUUGGUGACAUUGGCGGACUAAUGGGGCUCUGUGUUGGAGUUUCAGUUAUAUCUAUCGCAGAGUUUGGUGAACUACUGAUCUCGCUUUGUAUUUUGGGAGCAGGAAAAGCAAGAAAGAAAAAAAGGCCCAAAACGUUUUCUUGAAUUAAAAUUAUCACAGAGUUCAGAAGAUACAGGGACGCUCAUUUUGCUAGGUGAGCUUAGCUACAAUCUUGGACAAAACCAGUUGAAACUCUGCCAAUUAUUCCCCAAGUAUUUCAUUGUGUCGUGUAAUUUGAGAUAUACGCCGUAUUUCUGCGCCUGCAUCCCCCUUCCCCAUGCACUCUUGUGCAAAGCUCACGUCGACACAACGUAACAUUGAUUUAGGGAGACAACAUUUCAGCGUUGGACAUAAAAUCGGGAUUAAUUCAUCCAUUAGAAUGGGUUUUGUCCCAGAUUGUAGUAUUUGUAGAUCAUUUCGGUAGCAACGACCUAUAUAGGCGGGGCCCAGGUUAACUUAUUAAAUAUUAUAAAAUGGGGAUAUUAUACUAGGGGAAUUAAAUUUUAGGCAUAUUUGCACCUCAUUCGAACUUAUAGCUUAUUUCCGCCAAGCAUGCAAACAUCUUUAGAGAUUAAAAUAACACAUGCAUCACUAUGUAUACAUAAAUUAGUAAAUAUCGUAUUGUGU